AUGGUGGAGCCGAGGCCGCCGCCGAUCGCGGCCCUCGGGGAGCCCGAGGCGCUGCUGGUGUCACUGUUCCUCUGUCCCGUGGACGCGUGCCGAGUGCAGGCCGCCGCCGGGUGCGGCCCGCUCCUCGCCGCGGCCAGAGCCGACACGCUGUGGGCCGAGCUCGCCCGCCGCGCCUUCGGCCUGCGCGGCGCGCCCGCGGCGCCGAGGGCCGCCGGGCAGGACGCCGCUUCCUGGCGGGACGCCUACUCGAAGUGGGCGCGGGUCUCGCGCGAGGUCGGCCUCGGGCACGCCGGCGGUGCGCCGGCGGAGUGGAUCGACGCGUGGCACGUGGCGCGGCGGUGGCUGAAGAAGCACGCGCCCGACAUCGACAGCUCCCUGAACCCGCCUGUGAAGCAGGCAAGCGUGGACGCACUGCAGGCAUACAUGGGCGACCUGAAGAUCCCGUCCGGUUCGCUCGGGCUCUGGAGCGUGUGCGACGGGCAGAGAGCGCCGAUGGUCAGCGGCGUGCCGCUGCAGCAGCGGCUGCUCCGCAACGACGACCGCUGGGCCAGCGGCCUGUUCGGCGGCUACGCGGUGUACGACCACGAGGUGUCCGUCGUCUUCCUUCCCCUGGCCGACGCCCUGAAGCUCACGGAGACGAUCCACAACAUGGGCGGAGCCUUCGGCAGGCGGGGCAGCAUGCUCGCUUUCGCCUGCUCCUUCAACUACACCAAGUUCUACUGCGUGGACCUCUCGGACUUGAGCGUGCAUGCCUGGCGCCACGACCGCGAGGGCUUCGAGCCCAUGGCGCCGGCCGGCGCUGGGCUGCUCGGGUGGUUCACGGAGUUCACCCGCCGCCUGGACAGCGGCGUCUACCAGAGCGCGCUGCUGAAACCAGAGCGCGACCUGUCCUUUGGCAUCAGCGUCCUGCCCGCGGCUGGCCCGGACUUGAUGCGCUGCGUCACCCGCGGCGUGGAG